AAGAUAGAUAGAAGAAAGGAGAAAGAGUAAGAGUGUGAGUGAGAGAAGGGAAAUCGAGUGGAGCCUCGUUGUGAAAGUUGUGUCGUCCAUUAAGUUGUCUCAUCAUGUUUGGUGGUUCAUCUCCCAUAAUCGUUCUCAAUCAGAAUACCAAGCGUGAGUCUGGCCGCAAGGUACAGUUCGGUAAUAUCAAGGCCGGCAAGUCCAUUGCUGACAUUAUCCAGACAUGUCUAGGACCAAGAUCUAUGUUGAAGAUGUUGAUGGAUCCGAUGGGAGGAAUUGUCAUGACAAAUGAUGGCAAUGCUAUUCUCAGAGAGAUCACCGUCCAACAUCCAGCUGCUAAAUCCAUUAUUGAAGUAGCUCGUACUCAGGAUGAAGAAGUUGGUGAUGGCACCACAUCCGUUAUUGUUCUCACUGGAGAAGUGUUGAAUGUGGCCAGUCCAUUCCUUGGCGAACAAAUGCAUCCAACUGUCAUCAUCAGUGCUUUCAGACGUGCUCUUGAUGAUAUUUUGGAAAUUAUGAAGGCUAAGAUAGGCGUUCCAGUUGAUGUGAAUAAUGAUGGGGAACUUUUGAAAAUCAUCAAAAGCUGUAUUGGUACCAAGUUCAUGAAACAAUGGUCUGAGUUGGCUUGUAAAAUGGCAUUGACUGCUACUAAAAUAGUCCUGGUUGAAGAGAAAGGGAAGAAAGAGAUUGAUUUAAAGAAUUUUGCUAAAGUUGAAAAAAUUCCUGGUGGUUGCAUUGAAGAUUCUUGUGUAUUGCAAGGAAUUCUAUUGAACAAAGAUGUCACACAUCCUAAAAUGAAGAGAAAAAUAGAAAACCCUCGCAUUCUGUUGCUUGACUGUUCAUUAGAAUACAAGAAGGGAGAAAGCCAGACCAACAUUGAAAUCACUGCCGAAGACGAUUUUGCUAAGGUGUUACGUCUUGAAGAAGAAUACAUCCAGGAGAUCUGCAAUGACAUUAUUGCCGUGAAGCCCGAUCUGGUCAUCACUGAGAAAGGGGUCUCUGAUCUGGCCCAGCAUUUCCUUAUCAAAGCUGGAAUUAGCUGCAUUCGUAGAGUUAGGAAAACUGAUAAUAACCGUAUUGCAAGAGCUUCUGGUGCCACAAUUGUUAACCGAACUGAAGAAAUCAAGGAGGAAGAUGUCGGUACCGCAUGCGGACUUUUUGAAAUUAAGAAGAUCGGUGAUGAGUACUUUACAUAUUUAAUUGAUUGUAAAAAUCCCAAAGCAUGUACCAUUGUAUUACGUGGCGCUAGUAAAGAUAUUCUCAAUGAAGUGGACAGGAAUCUACAAGAUGCUUUAAAUGUUACCAGAAAUGUAAUCCAGGAACCGGUUUUGGUACCAGGAGGUGGUGCUACUGAAAUGGCCUUAGCACAUGCAUUGAAUGAGAAAGCCAAGAGUAUAGUAACAGUGCACCAAUGGCCAUAUCGUGCUAUUGCAAAGGCUUUGGAGAUUAUCCCUUCCACCUUAAUCCAGAACUGUGGUGCCAGUACUAUCCGUACUCUUACAGCUCUCAGGGCUAAACAUGCUCAGCCCAACAGUACCAGUUGGGGAAUUGACGGAGAAACUGGUGAGGUUGUGGAUAUGAAGCAAUACGGUAUCUGGGAACCGUGUGCAGUCCGUGCUCAGACAUUCAAGACAGCCAUCGAGACUGCCAUAUUGUUACUGCGUAUCGAUGACAUUGUUUCUGGUGUGAAGAAAGCCGAGAGCGAAGGUGGCGCCAGUAGGCCUCCACCCCCCGAUGCUCAGCCAAAUGAAUAAAAACCAAAACCAUUCUAGCUUCUAUCAUGCUUUUUUCUCUUUAAACUCCAAGCCAUUUCUUUGUAUUGAUAUACUUUGGAUUUUUUUUUUUUUUUGUAAUUCUGAAUUCAUGUCGGCCACAUGAAGACUGCAUCCAACCAUAUAACAGUGCUUAUCUUAUAUAAUCUGUGAUUCCAUCAGAGUUUAAUUCUUUCAUCAAUGUAAUCAGUGUUCUUCACAAUGUUGAGGAACAUUUCAAAAUGCUACAAUAAAAAAAAAAAAAGUUACACAGAC